AUGUCUUUCUCAGUAAGAUGUCUUCGGCCCUUCACAACUCGGCCCAUAUCUCAUCUCCAUCUUAAACCCUCAAUCUUUGUAUCUACAAUCCGCCGGCGCAAUGCAUCGUCCAAACACCCCGUUGGUUUCGAGCCACCAAACUCCGCCGAUCUGAUCGAGCUCCGCGAACGAGUUCAAGAAUUUACAAGACGAGAAAUACCCGAAACACUCGCUUCUGAAACAGACAAAUCGAAUGCAUUCCCCAAUGACAUGUGGAAAAAGUUCGGCGAUGCAGGGUUUCUCGGUAUAACCGCUUCUGAAGAUGUGGGUGGACUUGCUAUGGGAUAUCAAGCGCAUUGUAUUGUCAUGGAGGAGAUAUCUCGUGCCUCGGGUAGUAUUGGUUUGAGUUAUGCUGCACAUUCGCAAUUGUGUGUGAAUCAAUUCCAGUUGAAUGGGAAUCAGCAACAGAAAUUGAAGUAUAUGCCGGGGCUGAUUGAUGGGAGUAAAGUUGGGGCGUUGGCUAUGAGUGAGAGUGGCGCCGGGAGUGAUGUGGUUAGUAUGAGGACUACGGCGAAGAAGGUUGAUGGGGGAUAUGUAUUAAAUGGAACGAAGAUGUGGAUCACCAACGGGCCGGACGCAGAUGUUGUCGUGGUUUAUGCGAAGACAGAGCCUGAAAAGGGUUCGAAGGGGAUUACGGCGUUUAUAGUCGAUAAAGAAUCUAAGGGAUUCAGCUGUGCGAGGAAACUGGAUAAGAUGGGGAUGAGAGGGAGUAAUACUGGAGAAUUGGUUUUUGAGGGGGUUUUUGUGCCCGAAGAGAAUAUCUUGGGAGAGGUGAAUAAGGGGGUCAAGGUACUUAUGGAAGGACUUGACAUUGAGAGAUUAGUGUUGAGUGCCGGACCGUUGGGUAUCAUGCAAGCUGCCUUGGAUGUGGCACUUCCAUUCACACAUCAGCGCAAGCAGUUCGGUCAACCAAUUGCACAUAACCAGCUUGUUCAAGGAAAGCUCGCAGAUAUGUAUACAAAGUUGCAAGCAUCAAGAGCUUAUACAUAUGAUACAGCACGGACUGUUGAUGAAACAGGCAAUAUCAGAACACAAGAUUGUGCUGGAGCAAUUAUGUAUGCGGCUGAGCGGGCCACAGAAGUCGCGCUAGAUUGUAUACAAUUGUUAGGGGGAAUGGGUUAUGUGGAAGAAAUGCCAGCUUCGAGAUUAUUGCGGGAUGCAAAGCUCUACGAAAUUGGUGCUGGAACCACUGAAGUCAGGAAAGUGGUUAUAGGAAGAGCUUUCAACAAAGAGUAUAGUGGCUUCAGUGCUUGA